CAAAAUUAGGGUUGUGAGAAUUCUGGAUUUUGCUCGGUUGUAUCGAUCCGUUUUCUUGUGAGCUGAGAAUUUCUCUGCUGCAAAUACAAAUCCCAAUAAUUUUGUAUACAAAAUCGAUGAUGGUGGAAAGGAAGCUGUAUAAAACGAAACUAUGCAUGCUUUAUCAGAGAGGUCGUUGUCAUCGUCAGACUUGCUCUUUCGCUCAUGGCAAUGCUGAGCUCCGUCGCUUCUCCGGUUCCGGUGGCGGUUAUUCUAUCGGACAGUGAAUAAAAGCCUAUCAACUGACAGGUUUUAGUAUUUCUUAUCAGAAAGGAAUUUGCUGGUUGCUUUAUCUUUGUGCUGCUUAUGGUAUUUUUCUCAGCAUCUUGGUUAAUCAUAUUGCAUCUUGAAGCAGCAGCGCAUGAGAGAUCAGGAAUGUUUCUCUGGAUAUAGUAUCUUCCAUAUAUUACUUACAAAUCUGCCAGCUUGAUGAACCAUAUGAAUGCUGUGCCCUAGUAAUGUCUUCACCCUUAUAUUCCUCGAGAAUAUGGUGUUCCCUUCUUGUGACUUCUGUUUGAAUGAAUCUUCAAAGGAACCUGUUGGAUGGUAUUUUUGUCCAAGAAGGCCUGUUUAUUAUCCUAUAUAUUGUCAUGCGGCUUGGAUAAUCCAUAUCCUUUUGAUAUGGCUGCUAGCAGAUAUAUGUGCUGUAGCAAUUUUUUUACCGAGCAAGAUGCAAGGAUGUCUACUACUUCUGUUGGUUCUAUGAUAUUUGAAGCUCUUCUGGGUAAAAGCUCAAAAAAUUGGUAUUCUAUAUCUGUUCAUUGUAUGAGAGAGGUAGUUUCUAUGGCUCCUUUUGGAACUCACAGGAAGGCAGUAUAAAUAUUUGCUGUUAUGUUUCUCUUGUAGUUUGAUGUAUUGAAAUGCGAGAUUUUCGUGGUCGUGACUUGAGAGAGAAGCUUGAUAGAGAGCAUUCUCCAGUGGGCAGAUACUCCUCUGGUAAAGGGCAUUCUCCAGUGGGCAGAUACUCCUCUGGUAGAGGGCAUUCUCCAGUGGGCAGAUACUCCUCUGAUAGAGGGCAUUCUCCAGUUGGCAGAUACUCUUCUGAAAGAGGGCAUUCUCCAGUGGGCAGAUACUCUUCUGAUAGAGAUGCAAGAGAGAGACAUGCAUCCCGUGGGCGCAGUCCUCCUGAGUCUGUUGAGAGGAGUGAUAGAAAGCGCAGGAUGAAACAUCAUUCGGAUGGUCAAAGUGACAUCUCUGGAAGUUUGAACAUGCCAGAUGGGACAGGAGAUCAUGUGAAGGAGAGAAAACAUUUAUCGUCCAAUUCCAAAGAUGUCCUUCAGCUUAAGCAGUUGCAAUCCGAAAUCAAUAUGUUGGAUGACGAAAAACGAGAACUAGAGAUAUACCUUGAAGAGACAACUUGUCAAGCAGAAAGUCUAGCUUCAAAAAAUCAGGAACUAGAGAUGGAACUUUUCAAGGAAAAGGAGGAACGUAAAAGGAUUACUUCGAAGACUAAGCAGUUCAUUGAAGCAUAUACUAAUCACUCACGGUUAGAAGCUGAACUGAAGAGGUCAGAAUCUCAGCUUCAAAAGCUCGCUUAUAAACUCGGCUCAGAUUUCAUCAGAACUGGUGCAAGUGAAGAGGAUUCUGCCAUCAACAUUAGUGAUGGAGGGAUGGCUGGUAAUCAUUUUAGUUCAUUGGUUGAGCAGCAGAAGAAUACUUCACCUACCAAGAAAAGGCCGAGAAUUCAUCAUGAAGCUGAUGAAACGUCAAAUCAAGCGUCAAUAAGAGCAAAAGGAAAUGGUGCGCAGAGGAUUGCUUAUCUUACUCAGCCGAGUAAUGAGAAGAAAGACGAGGCACAGUUCGAUUGGGAGACCGUAGCGGGUGAAGAGAAAUCUAAGAAGGGGAUAAACUUUUCCAAUGACAUGACUUUCACUAACAAGCCCAAAGCUUCUGAGAUUGCCGUUAUUUUGCCAUCAACCAGCAUGGCCGCUCAUGCAAAGGAUGAAGAUGUCGAAGUUGGUGAGACAGAGGAAAAGUUUGAAGUAGCUGGGAAUGCUACAAGAAGAGCUGGGAAGGGAGUUCCUUCUGGUAUCGCAGAAUAUCCUUUUCUACCACCUCCUCCUCCUCUUCCUCGAGGUGCUAGUUUGCAGUAUAAGCGUGAUGAUGCAGGUGAUGAUGCAGAUGGGCGUGAUGGAGAGAUGUUGGAGGUGGAUAUUGUUUAGCAUAGUGAUCAGUAUGUUGCCAUUGUAGGAUGUGACUUUGUACACCGCUGGUGCAUAUGUAGGGGAAUAGAGCUAAUGAACUGGAAAUUAUGGUCAGUCUGGCCAACACAUACAAGUGUUUUUGGAUACUAAACGUUGUUAUCGACCAAACAAACUGUGAAUGGUGCUUUUAAGCUUUGGUUACCAGAUUUUUUUUUGUGUA